AUGAGCCAGUCCUACUCCUCCAGCCAGCGGGUCUCUUCCUACCGCCGCACGUUCGGCGGCGCCUCGCCCGUCUUCUCCCGCGCCUCCUUCGGGGGCAAAGGCAGCGGCAGCUCCGUCACCUCCCGCGUCUACCAGGUGUCCCGCACCUCGGCCAUGCCCAGCCUGUCCAGCUUCCGCACCACGCGCGUGACGCCGCUGCGCUCCUACCAGAGCGCCUACCAGGGCGCCGGCGAGCUGCUCGACUUCAGCCUGGCCGACGCCAUGAACCAGGAGUUCCUGCAGACCCGCACCAACGAGAAGGUGGAGCUGCAGGAGCUCAACGACCGCUUCGCCAACUACAUCGAGAAGGUGCGCUUCCUGGAGCAGCAGAACGCGCUCAUGGUGGCCGAGGUGAACCGCCUGCGGGGCAAGGAGCCCACGCGCGUCGCCGAGAUGUACGAGGAGGAGCUGCGUGAGCUGCGGCGCCAGGUGGACGCGCUCACCGGCCAGCGGGCGCGCGUCGAGGUCGAGCGCGACAACCUCCUCGACGACCUGCAGAAGCUCAAGCAGAGGCUGCAAGAGGAGAUUCAGCUGAAGGAGGAGGCUGAGAACAACCUGGCUGCCUUCAGAGCCGAUGUGGAUGCCGCCACCCUAGCACGCAUCGACCUGGAGAGGCGCAUCGAGUCCCUGCAGGAGGAGAUCGCCUUCCUCAAGAAGGUGCACGAAGAGGAAAUCCGGGAGCUGCAGGCGCAGCUGCAGGAGCAGCACAUCCAGGUGGAGAUGGACAUCUCCAAGCCGGACCUGACGGCUGCUCUGCGAGACAUCCGCGCGCAGUACGAGAGCAUCGCUGCCAAGAACAUCGCCGAGGCCGAGGAGUGGUACAAGUCCAAGGUGUCUGACCUGACACAAGCGGCCAACAAGAACAACGAUGCGCUGCGGCAGGCGAAACAGGAGAUGCUGGAGUACCGGCACCAGAUCCAGUCCUACACCUGCGAGAUCGAUGCCCUCAAGGGCACGAACGACUCGCUGAUGCGCCAGAUGCGGGAGAUGGAGGAGCGCUUCGCCGGCGAGGCCAGCGGCUACCAGGACACCAUCGCGCGGCUGGAGGAGGAGAUCCGGCACCUCAAGGAUGAGAUGGCCCGGCACCUGCGGGAGUACCAGGACCUGCUCAAUGUCAAGAUGGCCCUGGAUGUGGAGAUUGCCACGUACCGCAAGCUGCUGGAGGGCGAGGAAAACCGGAUCAGCAUCCCCAUGCACCAGACCUUUGCUUCUGCCCUCAAUUUCCGAGAGACCAGCCCAGAGCAGCGGGGCUCUGAGGUGCACACCAAGAAGACCGUGAUGAUCAAAACCAUUGAAACGCGUGAUGGAGAGGUGGUGAGCGAGGCGACCCAGCAGCAGCAUGAAGUGCUGUAGACGACGCUGCGCGGCGGCCCAUCGACACCUUCCAUCCAUCCCUGCCUCCGUCCCGCCGCCCCCGG